AUGGGUCUGGUGGAACCACAUUGGAUUCGUGGACUACUUGCGGUUGUUGAUAAUGAAAGUUAUGUUGUGGUGGUUGAUAUUGUUGGUGUGGAUGGUGAUAAGCGACAUAUUGAUCCGGACGAUAUUGGAAUUGUGAUUGUUGAGUUGGAUACAUUUCAUUAUAAUGCAAAAAUUGAGAAUUUGUUUCAUUCAUGUAGGAUGUUGGUUGAUAGCCAUGGUGUCUGUAUGCAUGAACCGUAG